AUGUCAGAAGCUCCUAAUGAUCCGAUAAUUAAAAUUGAACUACAAGAAUAUCCAAUCGAAGACAUUAAACAGGAAAUUGAUGAAGAGUAUGAAUCGUGUUCAGAGGAUGACAAAACAUGUCUAAAGAGAUUUAUGAACUCUAUUGUAAAAAUAGAAGAAGAUGUCGAACAGGAAUUAAUUCAAACUCCUCCUUAUAAAUGUAUCAAGUGUAAUAGAACAUUUAGAAAGUUGCAUUAUUUAGAACAGCAUAUGUUAAAUUAUUGUCAUAGGGAUACAUAUCAUUCAGAGUCUUUUUCAGGUGCAAGUGCAUUAGAAAUACAUAUAAAAUCUCAUACAGGUGAAAAACAUUUCACAUGUACAAAGUGCUGCAAAGCAUUUACUGAAAAAUAUCACUUAGAUCAACACAUUUGUGAUUCUGCAAGAGAACAAAUUUUACAUUUGAAUGAAUCUAGUAAUCAAAAACGAAAUAUUCGUGCUCAUACUGCAAAGGGACCAGUUGAACGUCCCCAUAUUUGCAAAAUAUGUGAAAAGACAUUCACACAAUUGAGUUACUUGAAUAGACAUAUGAUCAUCCACACUGGUGAACGUCCGCAUAUUUGCCAAAUUUGUGAUAAGACAUUCACACAAUUGGGUUCCUUGAAUAGACAUAUGUCCAUCCACACUGGAGAACGCCCUUAUAUUUGCAAAAUAUGUGAAAAGACAUUCUUACAAUUGGUAGAUUUGAAUAGACAUAUGCGUACCCAUAUUUGCCAAAUUUGUGAUAUGACAUUCACACAAUUGUCUCAAUUGAAAAGACAUAUGUUGAUUCACACUGAAAAACUCCCGCAUAUUUGCCAAAUUUGUGAUAAGACAUUCACACAAUUGUCUCACUUGAAAAGACAUAUGCUUAUUCACACUGGUAAACGUCCCCAUGUUUGCCAAAUUUGUGAUAAGACAUUCACACAAUUGUCUCACUUGAAUCAACAUCGGCUUAUUCACACAGGUGAACGUCCCCAUGUUUGCCAAAUUUGUGAUAAGACAUUCACACAAUUGUCUCACUUGAAUCAACAUCUGCUUAUUCACACAGGUGAACGUCCCCAUGUUUGCCAAAUUUGUGAUAAGACAUUCACACAAUUGGCUAACUUGAAUCAUCAUCUGCUUAUUCACACAGGUAAGCGUCCCCAUGUUUGCCAAAUUUGUGAUAAGAGAUUCGCACGCUUGGGUACCUUUAAUACACAUAUGCUCAUUCACACUGGUGAACGGCCACAUAUUUGCCAAAUAUGUGAUAAGACAUUCGCACGAUUGAGUAUCUUGAAUAGACAUAUGCUAAUUCACACUGGGGUACGUCUUAAUAAAUGA